AUGCAGACUAUUCCGUAUGCCUUCCUGUACACUAUCAGCGUACCUUAUCCCUUCCAUAGAUAUCUAUCCGACUAUGAGUGGUCGCAGAAAGGUUCGGCCAUUUUCAAGAGGCCUGUAGAUCGAGUAACGAUAGAGCUCUUGGACACUACCUCCCCUCUAGCAGUGGACAACUUCAAGCAUCUCAUCAAAGGCGACAAGGGUGUUUCUAGGAAUUCCGGUAAAAGACUUUCGUACAUUGGUUGUCCAUUCCACAGAGUAGUGAAGGACUUCGUCGCUCAGACGGGGGACAUUGUCACUGGCACCGGCGCUGGCGGCGAAAGUAGUUACGGUAAGAAGUUCAAGGAUGAUGUUGCCGGGCUGAAGAUGCGGCACGAUGGAGCGGGUGUGAUCGGGAUGUGCAAUACGGGGAAGAACUCCAAUACUUCGCAGUUUUAUAUAACGUUUGAGGCGACGCCGCAGUUGAAUGGCAAACACGUGGUUUUUGGAAGAGUGGUUGCCGGUAUGGAAGUGAUAGAACGCCUUAACGUGGAAUGCGCUGCUGAUGAUGAUGAAGGCAAGCCUCGAGUUCCCGCUGUAAUAGCAGAUUGUGGAAUCGUAAGUGAGGGCAAGAGUGGUAAGAAAUGA